UAUGACCCGGUUAUGUUUGGCUGUUUUCGACUGUUGACCCGGUAGCGAAUGAAGGAGGGGUCAUUCGGGUUACCCGCUCACGAACAUGGCGUGGAGGGGUUGCGUUUUAAGAUGGGCUAGGGCUGACAUCAUUAGUACAGCAACCAGAGGAAACAGAUUCACCCUCAACACUCAACAGAGAUGUAGCUUCAGGAAAGCAGCGAAGGAGACAAAGACCAAGAAGGGGGUCAUAGAGGAGACAGGGCCCUCACACACAGAGCCCAGUGAAAGGCUCAUCCACAAGAGGGGUGUAUCUCCCCCCGUGGAGCCCUCAGUGGCAUACACACACCCAAGGAGCUUUGGCAGACUGGUCAAGCCCCUGGUGUUCACAAUAGGGUUUACAGCCUGUUCAUUUGGCACAGCGGCCAUCUGGCAGUAUGAGUCACUAAAGUCCCGGGUCCAGAGCUACUUUGACGAGGAACGGGCCAACUGGCUGGAGAAACUACGGCCGCAGAAACAGGGGGAUCUUCGCAAACGGAUCAACCAGUGGUGGAACAGCUUGAGUGAGGGACAACGUACUGUUACAGGGAUCAUAGCUGCUAAUGCUGUGGUGUUUUGCUGUUGGAGAGUGCCAUCCCUCCAGCGCUCUAUGAUCAAAUACUUCACAUCCAACCCUGCCUCCAAAACCCUGUGUUUCCCCAUGCUCCUGUCCACUUUCAGCCACUACUCCUUCUUCCACAUGGCGGCCAACAUGUAUGUCCUCUGGAGCUUCUCCUCCAGCAUCGUCUCCAUGCUAGGCAGGGAGCAGUUCAUGGCUGUCUACGUGUCUGCAGGUGUUAUCUCUACGAUGUUCAGCUAUGUGUGUAAGACAGCCAGCGGGCGCUUAGGUCCCUCUCUUGGAGCGUCAGGAGCCAUCAUGACAGUCUUGGCUGCCGUCUGUACCAAAAUGCCAGAGGCUAAGCUGGCAAUCAUCUUCCUCCCGAUGUAUGCUUUCUCUGCAGGCAAUGCAUUGAAAGCCAUAGUAGCUAUGGACACAGCAGGUCUAGUUUUAGGAUGGCGGUACUUCGACCACGCGGCCCAUCUAGGUGGAGCUAUUUUUGGCAUCUGGUACAUCAUGUAUGGCCAUGAGCUGAUAUGGAAGAAUCGCGAGCCUCUAGUAAAGGUGUGGCACGACCUUAGGACGAAGGGUCCUGGUGGGGGAGGAAACGGUGGCAGCGGCCCCCUGUAGAGCGCACUGGACUGGGUGAAUGCAUAUGGAUGGACUGGCCUUGUUAAUUUAUGUAUAAAUUUAUGUAUAAAUUAACAGAUGACAAUAGAUUGUUAAUAGUAGGUCUUCCCUGUGGCUCAGUUGGUAGAGCAUGGUGUUUGCAACGCCAGCAUAGUGUGCAACGCCAGGGUUGUGGGCCAGUACAAAAUAAAUAAAAAAUAUAUUAAAAAAAUAACAAAUGAAAUGUAUGCAUUCACUACUGUAAAUCGCUCUGGAUAAGAGCGUCUGCAAAAUGACUAAAAUGUAAAAAUGUAGUAUCAACAGCCUUGCUGGCCACACAAACCAAAGCCCAACUCUCCAUUUACCCCACACACACAAGCUCUACGUUUGUCUCUCAAACUCACACAUGUAAAUGCCAUCUGUAUUCAGUGCUCUCUCACUAACUUAUACACACACACUACAAAAUAAUGCAGGGCUUUUGUGAUAAUCAUGCUUGUAUGUGUUUGUGAGAGAAGAGAGGACACAAUGGGGACAUAUUGUGAAUACAGGCCCUAGUGUAACUCAACAAAGUGUUGAUCUAGAAUUAGUUUAACCUUUUUACAUCAUAAUCAGUAAGAUUAUAUGUGAAUACGGACCCAGGAGCCUACAGGUCGUCAUCAUCUCCCCAAAUGCUGAGGUGGAGGCCUAAACCCUAAGAUACGAAAACCACACGGUCACGAAACCCCUCCCACUGUCACUACAGGGGAUGGCGAGGGAGCUAUUGUGUCAAAAACCAAUGAUAUCACAUCUACACGUGCUUUUAUAUGAUGAUACACGUGUAUAUGAUGUCUAUUUUCAAGAGCACUCAUUAUUCACUGGUCCCUGCAAAGAGCAGGUGUUCAUGUUUUGUAGACUCUGUGUGUGUGUGUACAGGAAUAUUUGUUGUAGAUUAAAGAAAACCAUUUAGUUUAUUUGAUUCAAAUAAAAUGUGCAUUUGUCUUGA